AGCUUAAGCCUUCUCCGAGUCAUUGCUGGCUGGCAUCAGCGAGGCAGUCUAGUCGCAGGUUUGCUCAUAAAUCAGUUUUCCACAGCACAAUAAAAGGGCGGUGGCAGCGUGAGGGAAAAAAAGAGGGAGAAAAAAAAGGCAAAUGAUAGUUUUGUUUCUUCGAAAAUGGCAGAUGCGCACUGCUUACAGCUCCAUGCUCUACAUAUGUGCACAUGCACAUAUUUUUGGGUGAAAUGAACCAGGUUCUGUUGUUUUGGGGUGUCAUUUUGUUUGAUGGCGCGCGAUCGGAGGUGCUGAAAUGCAGCCAAAUUCGUUUGAGCGAGUCGCUCUCCCUCCCCUUUGCCCACAUGCAGCAUCACCGUAUCUCAGGCGGAGAGAAGGAGAGAGACGGAGAGAAGCAUCACAGUAAAGGAGACAGCUUUGCUAGACAGAUUCAUUUAAAAACCUCCACAUAACAAAGGAAAAACAUGGACGCGCGGGGAAACGUUUCAAUUUCUGGCGCACCUGGUGGGAUGCGGCGCGUACGCCGGACAUAAUCGGAGCCAUGCGCGGACUUUUGCCUUGUUUUUAAUGAGGCGGGUGGGAACCCGCAGCAAGCUGAAAAGGCGGAAAGAUUUCACCAACCCGUCUGCACAUUCUGCCUGCGAUGGCUGUGGCGGCGCGAUGCUGUUGCGGCAUAAAGAAGAACGUGCCUCCCUCUUUUUAUUUGUUUAUGUUCGUGCUCAGUGGCCUUACCAAUGCACAAAUCCAAUACUCCAUUCCAGAGGAGCUGGAGAACGGAGCACAGGUCGGUGAUAUCGUCGGGGAUUUAGGUCUGGAUCUGAGAAAACUUCCCAGCCGACGCAUGACCAUCAGAUCGGACAGUGGACGCAGAUAUUUCACCAUAAACCAUAAAACUGGAAAGCUGGUGGUGAGUGACCGCAUUGACCGAGAGACAGUGUGUGAAUUCAGCGGCACCUGUUCGCGCAACCUGGAAGUGGUCUUAGAGAAUCCUCACGAGGUGCACACCGUGGCGGUCGAGAUUCUGGACGUGAACGACAACUCGCCACAGUUCCCACGAGAUGAAUAUCAGCUUGAAGUGUUGGAGUCCGCGCUCACAGGGUCGCGCUUUCAAAUUGAAAAAGCUCAGGACGCCGAUGACGACUCCAACUCCAUUAAACAGUACCGCCUCAGUCCAAACGACCAUCUCACACUGGACUCCAUGAAACCCCUUUCCAAUAAUAAACACAUAGAGCUCAUUCUCAAAAAGCCUUUCGACCGGGAACAGACUUCCUCUUAUCAACUUAUUCUGACAGCACUGGAUGGAGGGACUCCACAGCGGACUGGGACAGCCAGAAUCAAUGUCCGUAUCCUUGAUGCCAAUGACAAUGUGCCUGCAUUUGACAGCUCUGUGUAUAAAGUCAAAUUGUUUGAAAACUCUCCAAAAGGAGCACUUGUAAUUAAGUUAAAUGCUUCUGACCCAGACGAGGGCUCAAACGGAGAGGUGUUUUAUUCUUUCAGUAGUUACACACCUGAAAGAGUAAGACAGAUGUUUUCUAUGGACACAAAUACAGGUGAAAUUAGGGUUAAGAAUAAUAUUGACUAUGAGGAGACAAACUCUUAUGAAAUGUACAUACAAGCGAUGGACAAGGGCCCAGCCCCCAUAGCAGCACACUGCAAAGUAGUUGUAGAAGUUUUGGAUGUCAAUGACAACAUUCCUGAGAUUGUAUUGACUUCGCUGUCCAGUCCUGUGCGUGAAGAUGCCCGGGCUGACACAGUGGUGGCAUUGAUCAGUGUAAAUGAUCGUGACUCUGGACAAAACAAACAGGUAACCCUGGAUAUCAUGCCCCACUUGCCAUUUAGGAUCAAAUCCUUCCGAAAUCACUACACCAUCGUCACAGCAGCUUUUCUGGAUCGUGAAACAAUCUCAUCAUACAACGUGACAGUCAUUGCUGUAGAUGCAGGCACCCCGGCCUUAUCUUCCCAAAUGACCUUUAAAGUAGAAGUUGCUGAUGUUAACGACAACCCACCCCGUUUUGAGCAAACCUCAUAUACUGUUUACAUCACAGAGAACAAUGCUCCAGGUGCAUCACUGUGCGUCGUCAAGGCAACAGACGCAGAUGCAGGAGAAAAUGCACGCAUCACAUAUACUGUCCUCAAUGAUAACAACCAUGGCAUCCCUGUGGCCAGCUACGUCGGCAUCAAACCUAACACAGGUGAAGCCUAUGCCCUCCGAUCCUUUGACUUUGAAAAACUGCGAGAAUUUCACUUUCAGAUAAAAGCUCAAGACAACGGUGUGCCUCCUCUCAGCCGUGUCCUCACAGUAUAUGUUUACAUUAUGGAUCACAAUGACCAUGUGCCCCGGAUUGUGUACCCACCUGCUAAUGGCAGCCGCACAACAGAGACAAUCGUGAAAAAUGCUGAAGCAGGGGCGCUGGUUAGCAAAGUUAUGGCAUGGGAUGGGGAUGCGGGGCCGAAUGCGUGGCUGUUUUUUGCCCUGGAACAAACAAACACAGACCUUGACUUGUUCAAGGUACAUGAGUAUACAGGUGAAAUCCGAACCACAAGGCGGGUCAACGAAGAUAACGCCACAACCUUUGUUCUGACUGUCAUAGUGCAUGACCAUGGCUCACCAAGACUCUCCUCUACCGCCACCAUUCAUGUAAAUGUGAUGGAGCUGCCUCCAAAGUUAACCCUUGACCCUAAACCCAUCAUCAGACCUGACAGCCCCUUAAUGUUCUCCAACGUCACUAUCUACCUCAUCAUCGCCCUGUGUGCCACAACCUUUGUAUUCCUGGUCACGGUCUUUGUUCUGGCCAUUGUACGUUGCCAUGAGUACUGUACCCAGCCUGGCUCCUGCUCUCCAUGUUGUGUAUCCAAGAAGUGUGUACCUGAAGGAGGAAACACACCUGCAGGAGGAAGAGCUGCAGGAAGUGGGGGAGGAAGUGGAGGUGGAGGGCAGCCAAACAGCAACGUGGCCCUUCGCAGAGACCUUAAAGUGGAACCACAUUAUAUUGAAGUGCGCAGAAGUGGGUCUUUGACCAAAACAUACUGUUACAAGACAUGCUUGACUGCCACGUCAGGAAGCGACACUUUUAUGUUCUACAACACAGGCCGGCCACACAGUGGCACCUGGGGCUCGGGCUAUGUUACAAGCCACAGUGGACAAAGCCAGAUUAUUGUACGCCGCCUGAGUAUGCCAGAUGCAACUAUCAUCCAGCCCAAGGCGCCCAAUUCAGACUGGAGAUACUCAGCCUCCCUGAGAGCCGGAGGAGUGAUGCAGAGUUCAGUGCACAUGGAAGAGUCCUCGGUCCUGCAAGGAGCCCAGGGUGUCCUGGUUCAGAACUGGCCGACUGCAUCGAGUGCUGCUGAUGCUGAAGGAGGAGAAGUUUCACCCCCAAUGGGUGCCGGCGUAGACAGCAACAGCUGGCACUUUCGCUAUGGCCCAGGAGGCCCUGGUGCUCCCCAGCACCUGAAGCCUGGUGAGGUUCCCCCAGAAGCAUUCAUCAUCCCAGGGUCGCCUGCCAUAAUAUCCAUUAGACAGAACCAGGGAGGCGAGGAUGACAAAAGCGAUUUCAUCACCUUUGGAAAGAAAGAGGAAGCCAAGAAGAAAAAGAAGAAGAAGAAGGAGAAGAAAGACAAGAAGGAUAAGGGAAAGGAUGAUGGAGACGAGUAGAGGGACGAAAAGUACAUAUAAUAAUGGAGAAGAGGGUGUUGUUAAAACAGAGGUACCAACCAAAGUCCAUAAGGCAAAAAAACCCUUAAUACUCUUAAUUAAUAGAAUUUUAGAACUGUGUUGCUGGUUAUAUUGGCCUUGCCAAGUAAAAACAAUCAUACAAUAAAUAGUCAAAUAGACAAUAAAGCUUUUUUUUUCCACACCCUUAUGUGCCUAUGCACCCUGACUCAACUUAUUUUAUCCUUUAAAAAGUUUAACCUCUACGUUUGUUGAAUUGUUUGCCCUUUUAAAGCCUUUGGGCAUGUUGGCACCUCUGUCUUACCCCCCUACCCAGCCCCCCAAAAUCCCCAGCUGCAAUGUGGAUAUCAUCCUCUCAUCGAGGAGAACAACACUUUGUACAAGAACAAAGAAAAUAUGUGCCAGCCAAGGAAAGAAGGAGACACAAAGAAGGCAGAUACUAAUGUAUGAGGUCUGAGCUGGACACUUGCUUCUUGUAAAUAGCACGGGCAAAAGUCACUGAAACCAAGGCUAUUAUGACACUGCUGCAGAGUCCACUGAUAAUGACCAAGCGUGUUUGCCGGGAUCUCCUUGAAACACGCACACAUGCAUGCUCACCCAUUCAAACAUGCAAACCAUGGCACAUGGACUCAGAAAGCACUUGAGGCCUAGAAAGAGGGAACAAAUUAAAGAGAGAGAUUAAAUGGUAAAUGUGCAAGCUCUUUGCCUUGCAGUGUCACCUCUAAGGUGCAUGUGCACAUCAGCCCUCUCUCAAGAUGGAAGCAAGAUUCCUCUGUAUUGGCCCACUGCAUGGAAAGGACACUCGGAGCAUCACCUCCUGGCAGAACCUCCACCGAAGAAUGCAAAGAGUGCUGGAUAGAAAAUACGUCAAGUUUCUCUGAGGAUCAUGCUUGAUACUCAUGCGUUUAGUCAGUGGGCUCUGAUGAAACCUUACGGAAAGUAAGGCGAGAUUUUAAUGUCACCUUCUCUUUCCCUGCUGCAGCAUAAGCCUAAUGCUUUCUGCUUUGAAUGUUUGGUAGCAACCAGUCUUUACCCAGUACAUUGAGUUUACAGAUGCUCCUAUACUUGUACUGGGCACUUGCUGCCACAAGCCAUCUUCUCCCCAAACCUCCUUUUCUCCCUUGUUACCCAUCCAUGCUAUUGCCUCUUCAUGUAACUAAGAUGUUUGUUGACUUAUUCUGUGUUGAUUUUCUUCUUUAAAGAGAUUCAUUAUUCCAUGUUAUGACAUUUUGAUUUUCUUUUUCUUCUAUCAUAGCUUUAACUGCUUUAUGCUUUGCAGGCCCACCUCUAUUUACCCACAGGCAGUCACCCUCACCCCCGCUCUGAUCCCCUACCCAGGAUUUGUCCUGGUUAUGGCCUACUCUGAACAUUGUGGUGUGCUGAGAACAGCAUGGAGUAAUGUGGACAAGGCCUGGGGAGGCACGGUCGGGGGCCUACACCCUGAAACCUCCUCAGAUGUUUCUCAAGUGCAUAACGGUUCAGUGCUUUUAACUUGUGAAUACUACAGUAUGCGGUUCAUUUCCUGUUUGUAGCCAUUAAUGAGAGGGGACCAGGUGGGAUGAAGCUUAGCAUAAAGACACAGGUCUGCUGGAAUAAAGGGAUGAGUGCCAUAUAUGGUAAUCACUAAACGUUAUAGAGAACAAACAUUUUUGGGAGCAUUAAAUAUCAAGUCAGCUUCCAUUUAUAUUGUAAUAGCAAAGUUUUUUUUUUAAGGAUUGACAAUAAAUUAAUCAUCAUAAAUUCAAGUAGUUGCUUAAAAUAAUUCAACUCCUGAGCUGUCUCCCACCUAUCCCCUCUCAGGAGGUUUUGAAAAAAGCAUUUUUCAAAACCUCCAUCUGUUGGUUCCACUCCCUUUGCCUGUAACUUGUUGCCACGUCCCCAGAGUUUGCGGCUCAGUAUGAUGUCACUCCAUUAAGUGGCUGCUGCAUGUACUGCUCUAAGGAAACACAUACUAUAUAGAGAAAUAUAUAUAUAGAUAGAUGGAUAGCUAUGGUUUUAUUCUUUUGUAUCAUCAUUUCUCUUCAUUACUCUCACAGGAGAUAUUUGUACUGCUGUCUCUGCCAAACAUCUAUGUACUACCAUCUUCACACACAACUGAUGUUGAAUGGCAUCCACUAAAUCUCUUUAGAUAUUUGUAAAUGCUAUAGUGUUAUACCUUUCAAUGCAAGUUUAUUUUUCUCUUACCAACAACUGUUUUGAGAAUGAGCAAAGCGAAAAGGAAAAAAAAAGAAAGAAAAAGGAAUCACACUUUGUCUCUGAUCUAACUAACAUUGUAUUAUUGUAACUGAAAUAUGUAUGAUCCUAUCAAGAGCUAUCACUUCCCUUUUACUCUUAUAAAAAGCAAAACAAAAGAAAAAAAAUCCUGUGUAAAACUAAAGUAAAAAAAAAGAAAAAAAAAGAAACAAAAAAGGGUAUAUGUUAGUGUAUGCUUGUGUUUAGUGAGUGUUCAUUCUGUCUUUCUUUCCCAAUGUAUGGUGGUGAAAUAUGGUGGCAAUGUGCUGUUCUAUGGAUCAGCAGAGAUCUGUUGUAAAAACCUUUUUUGUACACACUCUCAUCAGCUGUGACAGUGAAGUAGCAGAUUUCAUUUAUUUCUGACUUUUUAUGUUGCCUAAAUGGAAACAGUGGUAAAGUGUUUGGUUUAUAAAUCACCAAUAAAGUUUUCUUUCUUAAAAUA